UAUGUUUAAUUAUCUUAUAUAUUCAUAUCGAUGAUGAUAGUUGAUUCGAAGAAGCGGCAAUGAUAUGUGUCAGAUAUGUUAGAUACAUUCGGAAAAAGUUCCAUUUAUAAUGUGAAAUAAAAUCUCAUAAAAGAAGUGAUGUAUAAAGUGUCAUGAUGUCGCGUAAUAUUAAUAAAAAUUAAAGUCACACAUGAUUAUGCUUUUGGUUUGAAAAUGACGAACAAUUUGUUAGUUUUUAUCCCACAAGGACUACACAUGGAACCAUCUGGUUAUGUCUUUGGCAGAGUGAUUCAUGACACACAAAAUAAUACAAAAAGAAUUUACAUUAUCGGAUUGCGGAAAGUAGGUUCUUUGGAGUCAAUUAAAUGCGCAUUAGACACCAUCGGAUGUUACACUAACCCGAGUAAUGUGAGCAAAGAAUCUUUAGAUCGAAAACAUUCUGAUUGGAUACACAUUACAGUAAAAUGCUUCAGGAAUGAAAUAAGAACUGAAUAUUGUUUGACAAACAUUAUUCUCAACAAUGUUAACAUUGAUCCAUUGACAAUACGCACAAUAAUCGUGUUAUAUGACCAGCGAGCGUUACGGGAAACAGAAUUAUUCGAGAGCAAAACUAUAUCGGGAGAUCAUUUCUCUGAGCUGGCAAAACUUAUCCAGGGCAAGAAAGAUGAACUAAGAGUCAAAUCAAGAUUUAUUCGUAUUAAGGAAACUCUGUUGACUUAUCAUAUGCUUUUUUAUUUGUAUCCAGUUCUGUUACUAUCCAAAGUGACGGGAAAGUUAUUGCUAGUCUUAAGAUAUUCUUCUCUUGGCUUGCAUGUUCAUGAUUGGUUGGAGAAUAUUAAGUGGAUGUUGGUCACAGUCAUACGUAAUAAGGGUUUUACAUUAAAGACAGGAAAUUACGCAUGGGCGAUAAUAAUAGAUAUAGCUUUAGGAAUAUUUGUUCUAAGAUUGUUGCGAUAUUAUGUCGAGGAUACACUACCAUCACAGUUGCUUUUAAACAAUGCAGAGGCAAGUUUGAAAAUAUAUAAAGUUGUAGAGACUCUAAAGGAUCUGAUCACUUGGUUGAUGGGUGUGCCAGCUGGUUUAAAACUUAAUCAUGCUCUGAAUAAUACAAUGGGCCAAUUCUUCAUGUAUCAUAUAAAACUCUGGUGGACUUUCCUGAUAUUUUCAAAGCCACUUAUGGAUCUUGCAUUCAAAAUAUUACUUUUAUUUGGAAGGCUUGGCAUCACAUUUCAAUUAUCCAUCGCUGCAGAUCUCUUGGCUCUUGUCAGCUUUCAUACAUACUGCAUCUAUGUUUGUGCAGCAAGACUCUUUAACAUUCAGCUGAGAGGUAUCACAGCUCUCUUCAGACUUUUCCUUGGAAAAAAAAAGAAUCCUUUACGUGAAAGAGUAGACUCCUGCCAAUAUCAGACAGAUCAAUUAUUUGUUGGAACUCUGUCAUUCACUAUUCUUGUGUUUUUAAUGCCGACAACAUGGGUGUAUUAUACAGUAUUUACAUUGCUCAGGCUAGUAUCUAUUGGGUUUGAUGGUUUACUGACCAGAUUGAAGUUUUAUUUACAAGUUAUGCCAGUUUAUACCUUCUGGAAAUGGCUGUUGCAUUCUUACAGUACUUGUAAUACAGUUGAUGUUAGAUUGCAUCCUAACCAUCCAAAGAGACCUACUACAUUAUCAAUGACUCUAGUCAUCGCACCUUGGUCUCUUACAUGGAAGAAAUGUAUUCCAGAUACAAUUACUUGUCAUCCAUCCAUUGAAUGGCACACAAUAUUAAAUAAUAUCAUAUGGGGUAAAUUAUUGUACCCAUUAUAAAUAUUUGAUGUCUGUUAAUUAUGUGUUAAUAAAUAGCCA